AUGCCCCUAGGCCUCUCUCGUUGCCUUCCUAGACACCGCUCUUACAUCUUACUUGAACCGCUGGAAGGUUCUCAGCCGCAAAAGCCCGGCCUUUUUCACAUUGUACUUGCCAGCACAUUCGUCAUAUCCGUCGUCUUGAACCUCGUCUACCUGCUCAGAAUUACACACGCCCCACCUUCGCCGUUGAACGACUAUCAGCAGCUAAAAAAUGCCCCGUUUCUCAACACAUCAGCAGUACCACCUCCGUCCGAAGAUGCCUGGCGCGGCGCGGCGAUCGUUACCACUAUCUUCUCCGACUCUUACGCCCCUGCUGUUGCAACACUUGGCCACUCCCUGCGCAGGGUGAAUACCUCUGCCCGUCUCGUCCUCCUCUACCUCCCAUCGAAGGUGUCCCCAAAGGCCCUGUGUCUCGCUACAUCCUCCGGCUUUGUCGCCCACCCCAUCGAACGCAUUCCGCCACCUGCAGACGGCCGCGGCAUGAACCAGCACUUCAUAGACCAGUACACGAAACUCAGACUUUGGUCGCUCGACACGCUGUCCGAACCAAUCACCAGCCUGGUAUACAUCGACAGCGACACCCUCGUCCUGCACAACUUCGACGAGCUCUUCUCUCUGCCGUAUAAUUUCGCGGCGCGGCUUCACGCUCGCCUUCAACGCCGGCGUCCUCUUCUCCGGCCGGACAGCAGGGUCUUCGACUCCCUGCGCGCGGCCCUCAACAUCGCACGGUACCCGCCCGAGUACGCCGAGCAGGCGUUCUUGAAUCAGUACUUUGCAACCGACGCCCUGCGCCUGCCGCUCGCGUACAACGGGAACAUCGCCAUCAAACGGCGCGCGCCAGAGGUGUGGGACAGCCUCCAGGGCGAGAUGCGCAUCAUACAUUACACUCUCACCAAGCCGUUCAUCUCGCACAGCUGGAAGGACGUGCCGCUCGACCGGAUCGAGGAGCGCGUGCGCAAGGCGGCGACGGAGAACGGAGGGCUGUACAGAGAGGAGAUGCUGCAGUGGGGCGACAUGUGGCGGGAGACGCGGAGAGUGUAUGCGGAUAGGCUUCGGGAGUGCACGGUUUAUUGA